AUGUCCGAAAGAAUCGACCGAAUCUUUAAGCGGCUGCGCCGCAGAUGGCGCAUCCGGACUACUGAGGGAGCUUCCCCUGUACCAGAUUUAUCUAGUGGCAGCUCUUCUGCAGGUUUAUCUGAUACAGCAAAUACACCCUCAUCCGAUUUGAUCGUACAAAGCUCGGAUUCGGUAGAACCUUCACCCUGCAGUAGAGACCAUGCACACAGCCCGGCCACAAGUAAUCAUUCGGAGAACACAGCACGGUCCAACCUUUGGGAUCUGGCGUUCGAGAGACUCCGUCAUGACAAUCAUGAACUCGUGGAAGCGUACGAGCACAUGCUGAAAGAAGGUAUAAAUAUGCCAGAAGGUGCCAGUCACAACGAGAAAAUGAGAGCGGUCAUCAAUCAGAGGUUCGAAGAAAUGAAGUCCAAACAAUGGAAUGUGCCAGGGACGACCAUUAGGAUUCGGGAGCAGAUCGAUCGUAUUGUCAAAAUUGUGAUGAAGAUUCGCGACGUAGGGGCCGCUGUAGUGGCUCUCGAUCCUGUACAUGCAGCGCCAGCGUGGGCGGGUGUUUGCGUUCUGUUAUCUACCUCGAAAAAGUCAAAUAUGCCUGAUAAGUCGUUCCAGCUAGUUGUCAACAACUCCGAAGCGCGAGAAAAAGCCACAGCCGACAUUGAGAAUGUAGCUGUUUUAAUCCCUCGCUACAAACAGGUUGAAAAGGUCUAUCUCGAAAGUGCCACUCUGGAAAAUGAACAUGAACCUUCCGUCAAGAGUCACUUGCAUCAAAGUGUCGUCGAUCUCUACUCCAACAUUCUAACAUACCAAAUCGAGCUGGCACGUUAUCUGCAAAGGGGUUCUUUCAUACUAAUAGUUCAGGAUGUCCUCCAGCUCAAUGAAUUCGGGGGCCUAAUGCAGAAGAUUAAAGACUCAGAUAAGAAGUGCCAAGAUUGGAUGGAAGUUUACGAUGCCACACUUGCAGAUCAUAACAGGGACAAAUUGAGAAUUCAGAUUACACAGCUUGAUGAUAGGAUCAACCAGCUUAUCGCAGAUAUAACAAGUUCCCGCAGUGUUGUCGAGUGGAAUCCAGGUCCAAACACCGACCCGGGAUACGUAUCUGUUCUCUAUGGAGGUUUCCGAGGGCGAGCAGGCUUUUUCCGCAUCUCGCUAGCAGACAUCGAAAGUGAUAAGCAGCUCUACCUUCAGAUGCGUGCAGCGUAUGCAAAGCGGCAGCACCGCCUGUGGAGGAUAGAUUUACCACAUCCAUGGAAGUCCCUGGCUUGGCUCUCUUGGUUCGAUGUGAAGCGACUUGAAUUCGUCAAGGUAGCUUAG